CUGUAAAUCUUCACUUCCAACGUCAGAAGAGAGAGGCUUGGUAUCCUUUACAAAGUCCUUGCAGCCUGCAGAAUGAGUGUUCAGCUGCAGAACCGCUCCCCCUCUCCCCUCCCUUCUCUAGCCCUCUCAGUAUUUGAUAAAGGAUCAGAGACAAUGAUGGACUCAGUACAGAGCAGUGCAGCCAGGCUACAGAGCUUCUUGGCUUCAGAAGAGGUUUAACUGCAACAACAACUUUUAACGCCCCAGCGUCUGGACAUGUGGAUCAAGCUCUUUCUUUGAGAUGAUGAGGACCUGUCUUGGAAGUGUUUCUCCACCACUCAAACUGUUUUUUUCUUCCCACCUUGGAGUCUUUCAUCUGGAAAAUCACAACAGCAGCAAUAAGUAAUAAGUAAUAAGAGUUUGGGAAAGUGAGCCAGAAAGGAAGGUGGAAAUCUUGGAAGCCUGUAAACACAUUUCGUAUAGGUCAAACAAUGGCUUUGGAAGUCCAGCCUUUCUUUGUAGAGACUGACACCAGAGCUGUAACAGUAACAUCCAGCUGAGACUUGACAGUGUGCACUGGAAGAAUACACUCAUGUAGUUCCCCCAAAUAGUUUUUUGACAUGUGAGAACGCAAAACCAAGGAGUUUUCUGGACAGACUUCAGACUAUGGAAAACUACCAUGACUCUGGCUCUUUGUUCCCUGUCUCCACUCUCAUCCCUGUGACCAUCAUCUUCAUCUUCCUCUUCUUGGUUGGUGUCACAGGAAACACCAUGACCAUCUUGAUCAUCCAGAGAUACAAGGACAUGAAGACCACCACCAACCUAUACCUCUCCAGCAUGGCUGUGUCAGACCUUGCUAUCUUCCUCAGCCUUCCCUUUGAUGUCUACCGCCUGUGGAAGUACAUCCCCUGGGUCUUUGGGGAGGUUGUGUGCCGCAUGUCCCACUACAUCAAUGAGGGGUGCACCUACGCCACCAUUCUGCACAUCACUGCGCUCAGCAUCGAGAGAUACCUGGCCAUCUGUUUCCCUCUCAAAGCCAAGGUGGUGGUGACCAAGAGGCGGGUGAAGUACAUCAUCCUGUUCCUUUGGACCUUCGCUCUGCUCUCUGCAACUCCUGUUCUCUUCAUGUAUGGGGUGGAGUAUGAGAACAGCACCAGCCCUGACUACAACACCCAGCAGUGCACGUACACCAGUUAUGCCGUCAGCUCAGGGCUCCUGUACACCAUGAUCUGGCUCUCUACUAUCUAUUUCUUCUUCCCCAUGCUCUGCCUCACCUUCCUCUAUGGCUCUAUCGGCAGGAAGCUGUGGAAAAGCAGAAAUGACAUCCAAGGACCAAAUGCCACCAACAGAGAACGGACUCACCGUCAAACGCUCAAGAUUCUGGCUGUUGUGGUCCUGGCUUUUGCAAUUUGCUGGCUCCCUUUCCACAUUGGGAGGAACCUCUUUACACAUGUGGAUGAUUACUACUCAGCCAAGCUCAGCCAGAACUUUAACAUGGUCUCCAUGGUGCUGUUCUAUCUCAGCGCCUCCAUCAACCCUAUCCUCUACAACUUGAUGUCCAAGAAGUACAGGACUGCGGCCCACCGACUUCUGCGCCGUCGCCAGUCCAGUCAGAGGGCCUUCUCCACCAGGGAGGACACUGCUGCCUGCACUGAAACCUUCACUGGAGUUUAGACCACCAGCAUGGUGGAGCCAACAGUAAGAUGAAUGGCUUGCAGCAGGGAUAAGGCAGGGGUACUUGCUAGAAAGACUUGUGCUGCUUACACACCCUACCCAGCUGAACAUAGUCAAUAUGCUAUUUGAGGUGUCUUCUUGUCAGAAAUGAAAAUUAUUAUGAGUUUUGUCAAAAUUAACUAUGGGCAUUUUUACCUCACAAUAAAUGUUUUAGUAGGAAUGAGAAAAAAUGCUAUUAAAGACCUUCUUCUCAGGAAUGUUAGUCAAAUAUUAGAUUGUAAAGGAAGACAUACUGUAUUUUGUUUUGCAUAUGUGUAAUAUUCUGUAGUCUGUUACUAGUCAAACAUAACAAUGUUAAGCAAAUUCAGAAAUGAGAUGUACACAAUUAAAAUAAU